CAGCGGGCGGGCCCGAGGGGCAGCGGGCGGGCCCGAGGGGCAGCGGGCGGGCCCGAGGGGCAGCGGGCGGGCCCGAGGGGCAGCGGGCGGGCCCGAGGGGCAGCGGGCGGGCCCGAGGGGCAGCGGGCGGGCCCGAGGGGCAGCGGGCGGCGCCUCUGGCUCGGCGGGGCGGUGCCCGGCCCGGAAGUACCCGGGGAAGCUGCGCAGCGGCGGCGGGGUCGGGUAAACAGCUCCGGCCGUGGCGUAGAGAAAACCAUGUCAGGAGGAAAAUCAUCUUCAAGUCAUGUCAGUUUUCGUAUACCAAAGAAGAAAACAAACACCAAGUCAGAGGAUGUCCAAGUUCAGUCCCCUUUGGCAAGGCUCGCAGGCUCCCACCAUUGUGACUACCCUUUAAAAGAGUGGAGAUUAAGUGCCAACAACAGAAAGCCUUUCACCAAAGGAAAAAGGAAAAAGGAUUGCAACAGACACAGCUCUAAUGACGAAGAACCAAUUGGGCAACCCAAAGUUAUCUUGACGAAUGUCCUGAGGACGAAAAUAGGAAGAAAAUAUACACAGGCGCAACCUAAAACUGGUGUUAAUUUUUCUGAUGCUGGCAAGUUGCAGUCACAUCAAGCACCCUCAUCAUCUGCUGCCAGCGUAAAGAUAUGGCAGAUUUUAAACCCUACUCUCCAAAGUCUUUUUCUGUCUAAAAGGCAACCCAAAGUUAUCUUGACGAACGUCCUGAGUACGAAAAUUGGAAGAAAGUUCAUAGACAGCCACGUAAUAAUUGAUGCAAAUUUACCUGCUGCUGACAAAUUGCAAUCGGGCCAACUACCCUCAUCAGCUAUUGCCAGCAUACAGACAUGUCAAAUAUUAAGUUCUCCUCAUGAAAGUUCUUUUCUUUCUGAAAGGACUGAACGUUGCCUCAGAAAGACAGAUGAUGAACUGUGUAAGUUGACCAAGGCUUCUAAGGAACUUGAAAAAACUAAUGCUGUCACUUUCAGAAGACGAGAGCUGCAGAAGAAAGAAAACAAGCACUGUGGAGAACUGGAGAAGAGGAGCAGACACAUGAACAGCACUACUCUUAGUCAGAAGGAAUCAGGCUCUUUUGAUUCUGAGAAAAGGAAAAGAAGACAUAGUGGCCAUAUUUCUGAUGAUUGUAACGCAUACAUUCCACAAAAGUCACUUGUACUCUCUGAAAAGCAAAGUUUGAGUUCAACUCAGUCUCCUGGCUGCAGAAUACCCUGUGAGGAUGGACAAAAUCACAGAUCUAUUCCUAUUCUGGUGCCAGACUGUCCAGCAGAGAGAGACUCUAAAGACACUUCCACCCAUAACCACUCACCUGCUCACAGCCACACAGAGGACUGUGCCUCAGAGUCUCCUCCCAGAAAUUUGUCAAACAAACAGCUUUCUGCCACCACUGAGGAUGUGAUUUCACCACAAGUCAGUACAAUCAGGAAAUUAAAGAUGGACAAAUCAGAGUACCUGAGCAAGCUGCGGAACAGAAUCUGCAGGGGUAAUCAGCAACUUGUUUCCAUUGACCCAAUUAUCCUUUCCAGUGAUGAUGAUGAUGGACCUUCUGAAUCACAAUGCACAGAGAUGAUGCAGGAUAAUAUCACUGAAAAUAAAGAAGCAGACCAACAGUCUGACUUCUGUUUCUCAGCCAAGCAAUUAGAAGACAAGAUGAAAAGUCACACAGAGGAGUUUUUAAGAGAGCCAAUUGAAGAUAAAUGUCCUCUCAGCUUACCUUCUGGAAGCACACGUAGAAAGCAGACAAACCUGGCACUGGAUGUUGAAUUUGAUAGACUACAUAUCGGGAAGUUUAAGUGUUUAUCAACAGGUCCUGCUAGGUUUACAAAGAAAAAUAUUUUGAUCCCAUUUCAGGUGUCUGUUAAGAACAUUGAGCUGACAGUGGAUACACUGGAUCUGAGAAGAUUUGGCUGGUGGAAAAGUGAUGGUGGCUGUUCUUCAACAAUUAUUUUUCUUUGGUUGUCUGUGGAUUAUGUAGAAAUGAUUGAAACCCAGAUGGGAAAGUUAGUUACCAGCAAGCCAUCCAAAUCCAAUGAAUUUGUAUUUUUUGAACUGUCUCAACCACUCACAAAAUGGGAAGAAGACAGACUGACUGAACUGAUUAUAGGUGUCAGCAAGAGGAACAGAGCACCAGAUCUUGUUGAGUUUUUGUCUUUGAGACAAGCAUUACCCUUGUUUAAGGAUCUUUCUCCUGAAGAAAGCUCUUUCAUGAGUUGCAAUAAGGAUCUACUGAAGCCAUACAUGCUGAAAGAGAAUACCUCAGAUGCUCAUGAGCCUGUAAUUCAGGAAUCAAAGCUAAAAGUGAUCAGGCCCAGUUAUGCCCUUGCAAAUAAGCAGAAUAGUGGCUGCUAUUGUAUCUCUUUGUCCUCUGCACUGAAUGAAGAAUGGAAAGAAGUAAGAGAAAUGGGAGCAGUUAAGAAUUUGAUUGUUUAUCCGCCCCCACCUGCAAAAGGAGGACUGGGAGUCACAAGAGAAGACCUAGAGUGCUUAGAAUAUGGAGAGUUUCUCAAUGAUGUCAUCAUUGAUUUCUAUCUGAAAUAUCUGUUAUUGGAGAAAGCACCAAAGCAUGUUGCUGACCGUACACACAUUUUUAGCAGUUUCUUCUACAAGUGCCUGACCAGGACAGAAAAAAACUCAGAGGGGGAUGUCAAAGUUUCAGCAGCACAGAGAAGACACAGGAGAGUAAGAACGUGGACUCGCCAUAUAAAUAUCUUCAAUAAAGAUUAUAUCUUUGUGCCUGUGAAUGAGGAGUCUCACUGGUACAUUGCAGUUAUCUGUUUUCCCUGGUUAGAAGAGGCUGUGUACGAGGAGUGUCCCCGUCAGAAUUCGUUGUCCCACUGGCUCCAGCAGUCUCCAGGUGAGCCAGAGAGGGAGAACACCAGAGCUGGCUCAGUGCUCUUCAGGGGUGAAGAAGAGAUGGAUGGUGGCAAUGACAUUGCUGCUUCUGCUUCAGUUCUAUAUUCAGCUAUUUCUAAAAUCUCCCUAAGUAAUUCCAAAAAGCAGAUUUGUAAAAGGCCUUGUAUACUCAUCUUAGAUUCCUUGAAGGCAUGUUCUGUGCAGAAAACAGUGCAGGUGUUGAGAGAGUACCUUGAAGUGGAAUGGGAAGCGAAACGAAAAACACGUCGGGAAUUCAGUAAAUCCACAAUGAUUGACCUAUGCCCCAGAGUGCCUAAGCAAGAUAACAGCAGUGAUUGUGGAGUCUAUUUGCUGCAGUAUGUGGAAAGCUUCUUCCAGAAUCCCAUAGUUAAUUUUGAACAACCAUUGCAUCUGGAGAAUUGGUUCCCUCGUCAGCUGAUCAGAAACAAAAGAGAAGAAAUUCGAGACCUGAUCUUGCAACUGCACUUCCAACAGCAGAGUGGCAGCAGCAGCUGAUAAAUCUAAGGCAGUCUUGGCAAAGGACACUGCUGUGUAAAGUAACUGGAACUCACCUUGGUGGUGUUUGGUCUCUCCCUGCCUUGCAAUGAAGAAAAAACAAAGGCAUAAGGAGUAUUUUUUGUUCAGCAUGUAUUUAUUUAAAGAUUUUUUUUUUCCACUGGUGUUGUGUGGUCUUCUGAAUGCUGGAAGGGGAAAAGGAGAAGGUUGUAAAUAAGAAUGUAAAUAUGUAAGUUAAAGCUAAUGCAUAUGGAUUGCUAGUUUAUUCUUGGACAGGUAUAUGCCUCAAGGAUGUAAAAAUACUUUUGUCUUUUGGAGCCUGUUCUUUAUAAUCUUAUAUAAACAUGGGUGAUCGUGUAGGAGUCAGGCCUGGAUCCUCUACUGUGUGUCUUGAUUUGCAGCUGAUACAGACAGAAUGAAUACUGUGUAUUGUUUUACUUUAAGGAUUUCAUAUUGGCUCUCUUUAGAAAUGUAUUUUUUUGUUUUGUUUCUGAUUAUAUACAGAAGUAAUCUGCAUGUGUCAGGAAAUUCUGCCAAGAUUUGAAGCUGAUGAGGUUUUAUGAUUUUUUAAAAAUUAUUUUCCACCUUCCUAGCAUUUUCAUAAAAGUGUGUUUCUGCAAGUGGAAGACAUUUGUUUGAGAGUGACUGUUGAAAUAUUUCAAAGUUGGGAGUGUAUUUUCUUCUAAGUUUUUUUUUUCUUAUCAGAAUUUAGAAAAAAACUUUG